AUGUUUAUAAAUUUGGACACAUUUAAACAACGAAAAACGCACCAACUAGGAAUCGAACCUAGGCUUACACCUCGUAAGAGGUGCUGUCUUAACCACUUGACCAUUGGCGCUACUGCUUACGAUAAAUUUAAUACAAUAUUUGUUUCUCAUUUCGAUUCUUUGAAAUAUUAA